UCUUCCGCCUUCGCUACCACCACUCUCACACUACCCAGUGAUGGCUGCUUAUGGAGCUGCCGUUUCUCUCAAAAACACGAUUCAGAGUCUUCUAGAAUCGUCUCGCAUUUCGCUGGUUCCUCCCUCUCCACAGAUCUUACGAUCUGCCUACAAUGCUAUGUCUUUUUUGCUGGAAGUUCUGAGCAAAUUGGACAACACGGGCUACAGCAAGAUCAGGGCGAAGGUGAACGCUUUGGAUGAUCGAAUCAAAGAGGUCAUAUGGGAAUUCGAAGAUUUACUCGAAUCCCAUUACGCUGAUCAGAUUCUUCCACAGCUUGAAAGCAAGAGAGAUCGCUUGCCUUUCUUAGUUGAUAUGCAGAGUCUGCGCCAGAGUGUCGAUCGCUUCAUCGAGAGGAUGACGCUGAUGGAGGCAGAGUACGAUAUGGAGCUGCUGAAUAUGCCUGAAGAAGAAGGUGAAUCUCUUUCCUCGAGAAUUGAUUUUCGUGGCAUCAACUCAAACAUGGUUGGAUUGUCCGAUCUAUUUGAAGAAGUGAGGGAUUUUCUUCUUCUAGGUGGAGAAGGUGAAGAUGAAGAUGCUAAAGAGAAUUGUUUAUUAGUAACUGGGAUGGCGGGGGUUGGAAAGACUACUCUUGUUAAGAAAGUAUUUGACGAUCCAUCGAUUCAGAUACAUUUCGAGCUUCGAGCAUGGGUCAAAGUGGGCAGAAAAUGUGAAUUCAAUGAAACAUUACAGUGCAUUAUAGCUCAGGUGGAUCCUAACACUCACCACCAAAUGCUUACCCAGAGAGACAAUGAUGACAACGAUAAAUUACUUGGACUCAUGAAAGAGAGACUCAUGGAUAAGAAAUGUCUCAUUGUGCUAGAUGAUGUAUGGAAAUGGGACACACGAUUAAUGGGUAACUUGCGAAAAAGGAAUGUCCGAAUUUUACUUACAAGUAGGCUAAGAAUUGGAAAUUCUCCAAUUAAUCAUGUAUUAAGCUUGUUGAAUGAAGAAGAAAGUAUGGAAUUACUUGGUAAGAAGGUGUUCGGUGAAAAAGGUUUUCCACCCGACCUUGAGGAAAUGGGUAAGAAGAUUGCACAAAAAUGUGAAGGUCUACCACUUAUGAUAAUUACAGUUGCAAAUCUCCUAAGAAAAGCCAACAAGAGUACCCAAGAGCUCGACAAGAGUAUCCAAAAAUACUGGACUGAGGUAGCUGAAAAACAACAUAGUUCAGUCUUCGUGGAUGCAUAUAAUCAAAUUGCAGAGGUAUUUUUCUCAAGCUAUGACUACUUACCUCAAAUUUUCAAAAUGGUUUUUCUCUAUUUGGGAGCUUUCCCCCCCUAUACAGAUAUUAAUCCAUACUAUCAAGUAUGGUGUGUGAGAGCGGAGGGGUUUUUGGAAUACAUUGGAAAACAAAAUUUGGAUGAGGUUAUGGAUAAAGCAGAGACUAUGGAUUACUUUCUGUCCAAUAUCAUCACUGUGCUUGCUGAUAGUUAUCAUCUUCUUCUAUUCGAUUAUGAUCAAGUAUCUUGGUUUUCAAAUACCAUAUGCCGUGUGCAUUCUUGCUGGCAGCACUUGUGCAAGAAAGAAGCUAGUAAAAUCAAGUUUUUGCAUGUUUUACAAAGUUGCGAGGAAGUUAUAAAAGACCAACGUCGGUUGUGUACCCAUUCUAACUCUUUAUUUGCCAUGAAAGAAGUAUAUGAUUCAAUAAAAAGUGAUUGUUCAUCCACUUUACGUUCUCUCCUUUGCUAUGGUCCUCUCCACCCUUAUCCAGUGUCGAUACAUACCAUAGAUUUUAAGUUGCUCAGGGUACUAAAUGCUCUUAGUAUUCGAUUUUAUCAUAUUCCACCUGAAUUUCUAAAACUAGUUUGUCUAAAGUAUCUUGCUCUAAUUUGCAACAAAGAGCUCCCUGUAUCAAUAUCCAACCUUUUACACCUUCAAUUCUUGAGAAUCUAUUCAUAUGUGCACAUUAUAAAGCGUGGAGUUCUGCCAUAUAUGCCAAUGGAAAUAUGGGACAUGCAAAACCUACAACUUCUUGAAGUCGCAGCAAGAGACUUACCAACCCCGAAUUCUGAUUCUAAUGCUAUGUUGGAAAAAGUCUGUAAUAUUAUAGGCGUGGGUACAAAGAGUUGCACUAUAGAAAUUCUUAAAAGAAUCCCGAACUUAAUGCUUCUAUGCAUUGUUAGUGUUAGGAAGCCUUAUGAUGAAGAUGAUGAUAGCAACUCAUUAAGUGGCUUGGCUAAUAUCUCAGAGGAACUCCAGAAUUUGAUAUGUCUUACAUACAAUGUAGUAUACCCAGUAAUGAAGUGGAAGAGUAUGGUUCCACUUUCAAUGUUCCCAUCAAGUCUUCAAGCAUUGAGUUUGAGUGGUUUAGGGUAUCCUUGGCAGUUCAUGAACGAGAUUGGUUCGAUGCUACCAAAUCUUAGUAACCUCAUACUAAAAGAUUAUGCCUUUCGAGGGCCAAAGUGGGAUAUAGAAUCGAGUUGUUUUUCGAAGCUUGAGGGCCUAGUAAUUGAGGACUCUGAUUUGGUGGAAUUGAGAGCUCAAGAUGGAAGCCUCUGUUGGCUUAAGCUCAUAAGCCUGCGAUACUGCUACAAAUUGAAACAUCUCGAUUGGUUGUGUGGUUGCUAUUGGGAAACACCUGUGAUCGAAUUAGUCGACUGCAAUCCCUUAGUUUAUGCAUCUGCCGAGGAAAAAUUAUCAGAAUAUCACUUUGAAAUUCGUAGCCACCGUUCUUAUUUGUGAUGAGAAGUCGCAGGCAAAUGAGAGAAGAUAAUGGGUCAGAUGUCACAUUAUCCCAUCAUUUCAAGUGUAUUAUCAUGUUGUUUCUGUUAUGAAACCUGAAUGUUGGAUUGGACAAUGUUUGUAACCAAAAACUAUUCAGUUAAAUUUCUGUUAAAACAUUACAUGCUGCUUUUCUCCAUAGUUCAA